UUGGAACUGUGGUCAUAUUGUUGAAAGUUGACAGACGAGCCUGUCAACACAGCUAUAUUAAUUUAUGAGAUUUUCGUAGUCUUAAUUGUAUAUGUUUCUACUCAAGAUUAUAUAAAUUAUGCCGAAGAAUAAAGGAAAAGGAGGUAAAAACAGAAGGAGGGGGAAGAACGAAAAUGAAACAGAAAAACGUGAGUUAGUUUUUAAGGAAGACGGCCAGGAGUACGCCCAAGUCACAAAGAUGCUCGGUAAUGGCCGCUUAGAGGCCAUGUGCUUUGAUGGCAUAAAACGUCUUUGCCACAUCAGAGGUAAAUUACGAAAAAAAGUAUGGAUAAAUCAAGGAGACAUCAUACUUAUUGGCUUACGAGAUUAUCAAGACGCCAAAGCUGACGUAAUUUUGAAAUACACCCCUGACGAGGCAAGAAAUCUUAAAACGUACGGAGAAUUUCCUGAAACAGUUCGCAUCAAUGAGACUGUUGUAUAUUCUGUUGAUGGUCUCGAUGAAGACAUCGAAUUCGGAGACGAAGUCAGCUCGGAAGAUGAGGCUGAUGCUGUUGAUGCUAUAUAAAUAAUUUUGAUAUGUUUAACAACUACAGUAAGUCAAUGGAAAAUUAUUUUCUAUUAAAAAUUAAAUGACAUAUUGUGAUUACAAUUUUGUUAUCAAAAUUACUAUAAAAUAUAGCACAGUCCAUAGUAAAAUGUCUAUUGCAGACACCCAGUAUUGUCCUUUAAUGCAAGUAUACAAUGUCUUGAAUAUUUAUUAAACCAAACAAAAAAUAUUACAUCUAUAUAGUAAAUCUUGCACAACAUUCCUCGGACCCCAUGACUUCUCAAACAUAAAAUUGUAAGGAAUGUAUAUAAUUAAAUAAUUAUAAAAGA